AUGCCUCCCAUAAAGAGGAAAAAUUAUACCUCUGAGUUUAAGCUGUCAGCAAUUAAAAGAGAAAAAGAAACUGUGAUAUAUGACUUCAAAAAAGCAGAAAUCAUUCUGGGACAAAAUGAAACCGAAAGUGAGGCUGAAAGUUGUGUAGCAGACCUGUAUAAUUUUGGAAAGCAACGAAUAGAUGAAAGAAUAGACAAAACCCUCAAAGUUAAUAGCAAUUUGCAUAACCAAACAGUUAAGAAAAAUCGUGAAGUUUUAAAGCGACUCAUAGAUGUGACAUGUUUUCUUGCCAAACAAGAAUUACCCUUCCGAGGGCACAAUGAAAAAACUUCCUCUUUGAAUCAAGGAAAUUAUGUUGAAACUUUAAAUCUUUUAAAACUCUACGAUCCAGUUUUAGCAGAACAUUUUGAAAAUUCCACAGUUUUUAAAGGCACUUCAAAUGAUAUACAAAACGAACUAAUUAGUAUUAUUAGUGAAGAACUGAUAGAAACUAUUAAACGAGAAGUUGAGGAAGCAGAUUUUGUAGCUUUAAUAUUAGAUGAAGCGUUGGAUAUUAGAAGAAGGUCACAGCUCUCUACAGUUUAG